AUGGACGUGUUCCAAGAAACCCAGCAAGAAUCCAGCAAGCGCAUGUACACGGCGCGGGCCGAAGACUACGAGAACUCGUGGCACCCGGAGCUCAGCCGGCGCAUGGUAGGAUUUGCGCAGCUGAAGCCGGGCGAGCGCGUGCUGGUGCUGGCGUGCGGGACGGGGCUCGAGGUGUUCCCGGCUGCGGAAGCGGUCGGCCGCAGCGGCGAGGUGGUCGGCGUCGACAUCACGGACGCCAUGCUCGACCGCGCGAGGCGCAAGCAGCAGGCCCUCGGCGACGGCGGCAGACACAUCCGGCUCCUGGCGGGCGACGUCACGAACCUCGACGAGGCGGUGCCGCAGCUCGCCGGGCGCAGGUUCGAUGCCGUGCUCUGCUGCAGCGCGUUUGUCCUGCUUCAAAACCCGGACGCGGUCGUGGCCUCGUGGAGACGGCUGCUCGACCCCGAGAGCGGCAGGUUGGUGGUCGACAUCACGCACGAGCAAAACCACCAGCCGUCGCUCAUCUUUGCGCGGGCUGCGCUCCGGCUCGGCGCAGGCACGCGGUUUCCUUCCAACAGGGAGUGGGUCAAGAGCCGGGAUUCGUUCAAGGACGUUUUGGAGGCCCAGGGGUACAAGGUCGAGAGGAUCGAGCGCUUGGAUAACAUAUCGGGUCGUGGGGAGAGUGAGCACGGCGUGGAGGUGGCGGAUGAGCAAUUCGAUGGGUUCUCGGCCAAGUUGCCCAACCUAGGCCUUGCCGAGGUGGCAAAGGACAAGGAGUUGGUUGGGAGGCUCAAGGUGCUGUUUAAAGAGGAGUGGGAAAAGGCUGCGGCUGCUGGAGGCGGCAAGAUUGUCGAUCUCGAUACUGUCUACGUCUAUGUGGCUCGUACGGCCUGA